AUGACGCCACUCAAUCAUUGGGGCAUCACCCUCGUUGUUGUCCCCAUUGUGGCAUGCGUCGUGACAACUCUCUUCUUUAUCCUCCGAUUAUAUUCUCGACGACUUGUCCGUCAGAAACUCGAUCUCGGGGAUGUGUUGAUGGGUAUAGGGCUUUUCUUCUCAUACGGCCUAACCCUCUGUACUGUGAUAUCGGCAUUCAACGGCGUUGGUCACGAAUUCUGGUCCCUCUCCAGGCCUACCAGAGGGACGGUCACUUUGCUCUUUUGGUGCUCAACGAAAUUCUGGGUAUUAAGCCACGUUUUCGUGAAAUUCUCCUAUAUCGUUCUGCUCCGCAAGCUUUUCGGAGCCAUCACAUAUUGGCGGAGGCUUACCACCGCAUUGAUCGUGUUCACGCUUGCCUGGGGCAUUGCUUCCAUCUUUGUCAGCAUAUUCCAAUGUUGGCCUGUGCGUUAUUUCUGGAUCAAGCACAUUGAUGGUAGCUGUAUGCAGGGGCGAAAUACCUUCUACAUUGUGGUUGGGUCGAUUGCGCUGGCUGAGAAUUUCAUCUUGGUCUCAAUGCCCUUGGUCGUGGUUUGGGGAAUGAAUCUGUCGCCCCGACAGAAGGUAGAACUAAGUCUUAUCUUUGGAUUCGGUGGAUUGGUCUGCGCCAUCGGCCUCUUGCGUAUGGUCACAUUCAAGAGAUACGUGACGGCAGAUGCUACCACAAACGGAUAUCUCCAGGCUAUAUGGUCCAUCGUCGAACUUGAGUUGGGCAUUAUCUGUGCUUCGGUGAUAUUGAUGCGCCCGAUAUUCCAACCGCCUCUCGGAAUCAUUCAAAAUGAAAUGUUGCACCAUGCGUGGCCAAACAUCAAAGUCCAGUUACUCUUCAAAAGGCGGGCAGACGAUGAGUUCGUUGUCAUGGCCGAAGCCGCUGGCCUUUGCAGGGACGGGAUCAGUGGAUGA